AUGAAAGAUACUUUUUAUAUUUCCCAACGGGCAGCCAACACUAUUAUAGCAGAUAUUACACCUUACCGAAUUUCACCCGAAGCCUUAUCAGCAAUAAACAAUUUUCUUGACGAAUUCCUAUACUUACUUGUGGAUUCUUCCCGUUCUCUUUGUCUGGAAAAUAUAAAACCAGCAAUAUUUAAUGUAUUACCUACUAAUUUGGGUAAAAAUUCAAUUAAAGAAGCAGAAUUUGAAUUAAAGACUUUUAUGGAAAGUGGAAAUUUUGAUAAAACUCUAGAAAAAAAUGUAGAAAUAUUUGAACCAUAUCCAGUACAAAAAAUUUUUGAACAAUUUCGUAUAAAAUGUAAAUAUUAUAGUACAUUAAGUGAACAAAGUUUUUCUAUCAAUGAUCGUGAUCCCAGCACAGUGCCUGGUUUGCAUAAUAGUGAGGGGAUCUAUAUUUCACCAAGUUUGGCAAUCUAUAUGACGGCUGUGUUAGAAUAUGUUGGUGAACAUAUCUUAAUACUAGUGGCUAAGGCUUUGAAGCAACAAGGCGAUGCAACUGUGGCGAAAGCCAAUGAUGAAACAUUGUCAAUACAACCACAAACACCGGAUUCAAAUAUUACAUUAUCACCGCUAUCACCCAAGACGCCUUCGUCAGAAAAUGCUACAGAAGAUAUCUUACUUAGUAACCCAACUAAAGGUGGUGAUAAUAUGUUUCGAUCACCAGAAGUCGUCUCCUCUAGCAGUCUAACUAAAGGUGAUAAUAAUGCUAUGUUCCAAUCACCAGAAGCAAUCUCUCCUAGUAGUCCAACUAAGAGUGGUGAUAUUAUGUCACGAUCACCAGAAGUUAUUUCACCUGGUAGUCCGAUUAAACAAGGCUUCCAUAAUGAAGUGGGUAUAGGAUCACGAAAAACUUCCAUCGAUGACGUUGUAUGGAGUAAGAGUCCUACUUCUCCAAAUAGAACAAUUAAUGAUAAUAGUUAUGGAAGGAUAAGUUUAGAAUCAAAGAAUUCAGGAACUAACUCAGAAAAGAAUAAAUUUAAGGAUCGAGAUAUUAAAAGUAUAUCUAGUUUGGACGACAUAGACAAAAUGAUUAGCUUCGAACACUUGAUUUCCACCAAUCAAAAUUUGACAUUGAAGGUUUCUCUAACAUCAAACAGGAUGAAAACUAUUGAGACACAAAAACAAGAGCCUCGGAAAUUCGAACCUCGUGAACCAAAAAAACCUAAAGAAAGUUUAUUCGAGUUUUUGAAAAAUACAGAUCCAGAUGAUAUUUUUAUUAAGUCAACGGGAAAACUUAGACGAAAGGAUUCGAAAGUUGAUCUUCUCCAAAAACGAUUAUUUAACAAUAAAUCUGGUUCGGUUCCCGACCGUGCUUCACCUAGUCCGACCAAUAGUGUCAGGCCUCGUCAUAUUCCUCUUAUCCCUUCCGGAAGAUUGUCAGCAUCGAACAUUACUAUACCACCAAAUCAUACUAAAACUCUGCAUCACAGCAAAUCCUUGGAUCAAUUAAAUUUUGACGAAGAUGACUAUGAUAUUAUAAAUUAUGAAAAACCUCCUAGACGAUUUGAUACUCAAGAUUUGAUUGAUUUCUUAAACACAUCAUCACCACCAAAUGAUACAUUCGCCGAAAAGAAGAAAGAAAAGAAAUUUACAAAACUGUUAUCUAAAUUAAGAAUACCAUCCAAAAACAAAUAUGAAAAUGGCACUCGUUUGUCUAAUACCGAUAUUGUUAGUAAUGACAUUAAUAAUAGCGAUAUUGUUAGUAAUGACAUUAAUAAUAGCAAUAUUGUUAGUAAUGACAUUACUAACAAUCUUGCUAUUAUUAAUGACAUUAAUGUUAUUAGUACUACUAAUAAUAUUAGCGAUGCUGCGAACACGGAAAUACUACUACCUCAAGAUGAUAAAAUUAAGCAUGAUGAUGACGAUGUGAAGAAAUCUGAACAAUAUGGACAACAAAUAAUUAAAAUUAUUGUUGAUAAUUUCUUACAAGAGAUAAUUUUCAUGGAAUCUGUAUUUGAAGAAUCCGACAAUGAAUCGGAACAAAAACUAACCUCCGAAGUUACUGAAGAUGAAAUGGGGGAUGU